ACAUUCACAACAUAGACUGGGAAUUGUCAAGACAGGUGAUCUGUAGAUCACUGAAAUUGUGUAUGUCACCGCGGUCUGCGGCACAUUGGUGGAUAUUUCUCCCUGUCUAAACACGCGUGCCGAAGGAGAAGGUCAUUUAGUACUUUUACUGCACGAUUAACACAAGCUUGCUAGCAAACCCGACACCAUGGAUGGAUUUGAUAUGAAUGCGUCUGAAAAGGCAGAGGCAUCUGAGCUUCAGAGGAUGAUUGCUAUCGAACAGCAGAAAGCACAGUUUCAGGCCCAGGUGCACAACUUCACAGAUGUCUGCUGGGACAAGUGCAUGGAUAGCCCGAGCUCCAAACUGGACUCUCGGACUGAGACGUGCCUAGUGAGCUGUGUGGAACGCUUCAUUGACACGACUCUGGCCAUUACCAACCGCUUCACGCAGAUGGUUCAAAAGGGUGCACACUGAUGAGCAUCUGAUAAGAAAGGACUUGAAGUAACGUUAUCUAAUAAGCCACACAACUUACUGAGACUGGAGCAAAAGCCUAUGACAUCCACGAUACCCAACAUCUCUUACUAAUAUAGAAGAUUUAAAAAGUCUGAUGGAUACUGUCGUUUUAUUUUAUAUGUGGACUGGUUUCUGUAUAAAUGACUGACUUCUGUCUGCAGUCAUUGCGGUAAUAAAAAGAUGCAUUUUUAUUAAAAAUUGUAUUCAACCA